AUGACCAGCGUUCCUCUGACACCAAGAACGCCUAAAAUAAGAAAGGGAUUUGCUAGCAGCAGAGUGGCAACCCCUAACUCAGCCCUUUUGAAGAAAACCAUUCUCAACUUUGAUCCAAAUCUGUCGUACAUGGAAAGCGAUGACCUUUCUUACGUGAACGAAACCACGGAGAUAUCGUUUGAUGAAGACGACGAAAACAUCAGAGAGGAAGAUGAUGAAGAUGAUGAAGACGUUGAGGAAGGGCUUGAUGAAGACGAGGACGACGAAGACGGGGACGAUCUCUUGCCGUCGGCUUCCGUGAGUGACGACGAUGACUCUGGCUUGAUUCCAAUGGCCACACGUCGAGAACCAACUGCUGCAGAAAGAGCCCUUUUCGAGGAAGACGACGAAGUCAGUGAAGCAAACAUCUCCGGCAUUGCCGGUGCUGCCGGUGCUACUGGUACUGGUUCUGGCUCUGGUACUGGUUCUGGUGUUGUCGUUGAAGGUAGUGUUGCUAGCGCGGAAUCAGCUUUACGCAAAUUCAUAAUAAAACAUGAGCUCAUCCGUAAGGGUCUCCAUUCAUCCAUCGGUAUCUUUACCCUUUGGCUCUAUACCCUUGGUGUUCACCAAACUCAGUUAAUACUCCCAUUAUCCACCCUUUUCGCCGUUAUUUUUACCAAUGAUUAUAUUAGAUUCCGUAAUCCUGAACUCAACCAAAAAAUCGUCAAACAGUUUUGGUUUUUAAUCAGAGAUAAGGAAGAAAACCAGUACAACGGGACAUUGUACUUCCUCGUUGGAUUAGUUAUCAUCUUCUCAACAUGUCCUAAGGAUAUUUCAUUAAUGAGUGUAUUAUUAUUAAGUUGGGCAGACACUGCAGCACUGACUUUUGGAAGACAAUUUGGUAAGUAUACCCCAAAGGUUGGUGAAGGUAAAUCGUUGGCAGGUUGUAUAGCCAGCUUUGCUACUGGGAUCAUUAGUUGUUAUGUCUUAUAUGGAUACUUUAUCCCUGGGUACAACCACGUCAACACAGCUGAGGAUAUUAUGUGGACUCCAACUACAUCUAAAUUAAGCUUCCCAGUUUAUGCCUUUUUAUCAGGAUUGAUUGCCAGUCUUUCUGAGAUGAUCGACAUUGGAGGAAUUGACGACAAUUUCACUAUUCCAGUCUUGAGUGGAGGAUUCUUGUACGCUUUAGUGAAGUGGUUUCAAGUUUAG